ACUGUCUAAAACAAGCUGAAUGAAUGACCCUGGAAAAUGGAUCACGGUGGCGUGGACGAUGAAGCACCCAUAGAUCCUCGACUUAAAAGCCGUACGUCGUUUCCCGAGGACCCCGAUUACGAAGGUCACCGAGCGCACACGGUCUACGUUGGCGUCCACAUACCGGGCUCGUCGAGGCGCCACUCGCAAAGGCGUCGCCACAAGCACCACCAGCAGAGCAAGGACAGUGGCGACAAGAGCUCAACCAGCACCGAGUCCGAUCGACCAGCUAUCCCCAAGCCUCACGUUGUCACACAGCGAAGAUUCAGCGUCGUUGAUGACGGAGAGUGUU